AUGGCCUUGAAACCGGAUGACCCGUGUGGUGGGUUCCAGCAUGGCACGGUGGUGGCCUUCAUCAACGACAAGAUGGCCAAGCACGUGAAAGGCCCUGAGUUCUAUCUCAAGAAUAUAUCCCUGUCCUGGGGGGAGGUGGAAAACAAGCUCAAGGCCAUCCUGGAGGACAAAGAGAUGCCCAGCCAGGCCAAGGAGGCCUGUACCUGGGGCGGCCUGGCCCUGGGCGUGCGCUGUGCCCGCAGGCAGAGGCAGUUGCAAGGGUGCAGGGUGCGGUGGCUGAACGACUAUGCCAGACUACACAGGUCGGCCGCGCAGGCCUUGGCCUCAAGCCUGCAGGAGCUCAGGGCGCAGCAGGAAACGGAGCGGAAGGCUUCGGCCUUCCGGCUGCAGAUGGCCCAGGCCAGCCUCGCUGAGGUGGAGAAAGAGCGGGACCUGCUGAGAUGGAAGCUCCUCCAGGCCCACAUCUCAGCCCUGCACAUUUCUCUCCAGGAGCUGAGGUACCACGAACAGGUCAAAGCCCGAGGGGCUGGGACAGACGGAGCAGGUGAGGAGGAAGAGGCAGCGAUGGCGGCUGCUGCUGGUACUGCUGAAGGAGGAGGAGGAGAGCAGAGGGGUGCCAAGGCAGAGGCUGCGCCCACAGAGGCUGCACAGGACCUCGCCGGAGGCUUCCUGCAGCCUCUCGGAGCUGGGGACAAAUUACACCUCUGGGGGGCGGAGGGAGGGAGAUCUCAGGUCAGUGGAAACAGCCAUGUUUUCUUCCUCUGGGACCCAGGAGCCCCAGGCCAGCAGCUCACUGGAGCCCCUUCCUGUCCAGCUCCCUGCCUCAUUCUCAUAUUCAUACGCAAGCCCUCUGUCCUCCUUCUCAGCUGGACCCACUCCGUCCCCACCAACAGAAAGGGCCACACCACCUCCACCUCCGCCUCAGAUGCCUCCGCAGUGGGGGGGCUAUGA